CAUCUUCAUGAUGUGGGGAGACCACAGACUGGAGGCUGGCCUAAGUUUAGGAUUACCCACCCCACCCCACGGGGCAGUUAAAUACUAAAACUCCCACUCUGCCUGGAAUAUCUCAAGAGACUCUUUGAAGACACUACAAGGAGGGUAGCUUUGCCAUGACAGGAGAAAUUGUCAACUCAGGCCAGUCCAAUGGGUCCAGUGUGCAGCCGGCUUCUGUGGAGAAGAUGGAGGAGAGGGGCCAGUGGAGUAAUAAAAUUGAGUUUGUGCUGUCUGUAGCUGGGUCCAUCAUUGGUUUGGGAAACAUGUGGCGCUUCCCCUAUCUGUGCUACAAAAACGGAGGAGGUGCGUUCCUGAUCCCGUACCUGAUUUUCCUGUUCACGUGUGGAGUCCCCGUCUUUUUCCUGGAAGUGGCUCUGGGUCAGUUCACAAGUGAAGGAGGCAUCACGUGCUGGAGGAAAAUCAGCCCUCUGUUUGAAGGUCUUGGUUAUGGCACACAGGUCAUUGUGACACUGCUGAACUUCUACUACAUCGUUGUUUUGGCCUGGGGCAUUUUCUACCUCUACUUCUCCUUCUCGUGGGACCUGCCUUGGUCUUCAUGCAACAACACUUGGAACACAGCAAACUGUGUGGAGUUCCAGAGAAGAAACUCAUCAGCCAGUCAAACCUUCUACAUCAACACCACAUCUCCAGUCAUUGAGUUUUGGGAGAUUUCCUCGGGCCUCGACCACAUGGGCUCUCUGAACUGGGACCUGGCCCUGUGCCUGCUGGUCGCUUGGAUCAUGUGCUACUUCUGCAUCUGGAAAGGGGUCAAAUCCACAGGCAAAGUUGUCUACUUCACAGCCACAUUCCCGUAUGUGAUGCUGAUCGUGCUGCUGAUCAGAGGACUUACUCUGCCCGGAGCUGCGAUUGGGAUCCAGUUCUACCUCUAUCCAGAUCUGGGACGAUUGGCCGACCCCCAGGUUUGGAUGGACGCUGGCACUCAAAUCUUUUUCUCUUAUGCCAUCUGUUUGGGUUCUUUGACUGCUCUGGGCAGCUACAACAAGUAUAACAAUAACUGCUACAGAGACUGUCUGGCCUUGUGCUUUCUGAACAGUGGGACCAGUUUUGUGGCCGGUUUUGCCAUUUUCUCAAUUCUGGGUUUUAUGGCCUUUGAACAAAACGUGCCUAUUUCUGAAGUGGCAGAAUCUGGCCCAGGUCUGGCCUUCAUUGCUUAUCCUCGAGCUGUGACCAUGAUGCCUUUCUCUCCACUGUGGGCCACGCUCUUCUUCAUCAUGAUUGUGUUUCUCGGACUGGACAGUCAGUUUGUGUGUGUGGAGAGCCUGGUGACUGCCAUUGUUGACAUGUAUCCGGCCGUGUUUCGACGCAAAAAUCGCAGAGAGAUUUUCCUGGCAUUUGUGGUGCUCGUCUCUUUCUUCAUGGGGCUCAUUAUGUUGAUGGAGGGUGGCAUGUAUGUGUUCCAGCUCUUUGAUUAUUAUGCAGCCAGUGGGAUGUGUCUCCUCUUCAUGUCCAUCUUUGAGACUGUGUGCAUUGCGUGGGCCUAUGGAGCCGAUCGGUUUUAUGACAACAUUGAAGACAUGAUUGGAUACAGACCUGGGCCUUACAUCAAGUACUGCUGGCUGUUUCUGACCCCUGCCACUUGCAUUGGGACCUUUGCCUUCUCCCUGAUCAAAUACACUCCUCUGAAGUACAAUAACGAGUACGUGUACCCAUGGUGGGGCUAUGUGAUUGGCUGGCUGCUCGCUCUGUCCUCCAUGAUCUGCAUUCCUCUGUGGAUGGUGUACAAACUCAGCACCACACAGGGCACCCUGAGAGAGCGCGUCCAGCUGCUCAUCACUCCAUCCGAUGAUUUGCCCAAAACCAAACGAGAACAGGAAAAGUUACUGGUCAUUUUUGCUCCCGAAGACGUUGUGUCACAGAAUGGAUACCUCCCUGUGUCAGAGGCAGACUCAAACUUAUAAAAGGUCAGACGUUAAAACUGAAGUCUCUCUCAGCUCUGAUCUGCAACACCAGCGACCAGUUAAAAAUGACAGCAGCCCAUUGAACAUAUAAACAUGGGUGUGACUGUAUGAAGAAACCAGACCUGUAAUGGUCUGAGCACAGUUGUUGGUGUUUUCAGGGACAAAUAUCAUGUACAUACUUUAAAGGUCCUAUACAUGCAUCCCGAAUUUCGGACUUCUGGUCAUAACGCAAUGCCUACCGGGAAGGGCCCUCCGAAAAAGUGAGAAUCAAACCGCCAUGUUUGAUUUCCUAGUGGGAUACUUUUAUUGUCAAAGCCGAUCUUUUGAACCUUAUCGCUUUUGUUUCUGGUUCUGAUAGUCUCAUAUUUUAGCAAAAUCCCAUCUGUCAAGUGAGAGAUACAGAAGACAAGCAGGCCGAGCUCACACUUUCUUGUUCUUGUGGCUUUACAGCAACAUCACGUCUUGAUCCCUUUACAGUGAAAGAUGUUUCUUGGAGAACAGCUGGUGCCUUUUGCUUUGGCGUUGACUUUUUAAAUUUGUAACCAAGGUUGAGCAAGAGAUGUGGAUUUUGCUUUGUUGGCGCUCCACAUACAAAUUGUGUGCUGUAAACUCAGGAUGAUUUCGUAGGCAGUGAGGUGAGUGAAGGUUACCAUUUUCGUCCUGUCUGUGUAUCAAUACUGCCCAUCGCCAUUCACUAUUUUUCAAUUCCGUUAGGAAGGGAAACAGUUUGAAUGGAGGUUUGCAGUCACACACAUCUGAUUCCCUUUUGCAGUUAUGGAGUUUGGAAAAUUCGGAAGCCCAUUUCUAGAGCCGUUUUCCGCUGUUAGGACAUCCAACAACCACAGAAUUACGAUGUCCGAAUCCUAUAACUAAAAAAUCAUGACAAUAUUGGAACCAAAAACAAAAGCGAUAUGCUUCAAAAGACUUUAAAAGAUUGGCUUUGUCAAUAGGCACCUCCCACUGGGAAAUCAAACAUGGCGGUUUAAUGCUCACUUUUUCAGAGUACGCAUUGCGCGAUGACCAGAAUUCUGAAAUUUGGGAUGCAUGUAUACUAAACAAAAUUCACUCUUGUGAGCUUUAAGUCAUGUUACAGUGUUGUUACCUUCCUCAAAAACAUACGUUGAAUUGUUUCUGCAUAGCUCAAAAUACUGUUUCACCUUGUGAUGUCAUGAAGUUGUACUUUUCAAGAUAACAGCUGUCUUUUACCUUUAGUUCAGUAUAAAUUGGCAUUUUCAGGGUUGAAAUUAUCCAGAUGAUUCUAGUGAAGGUGUAUGGAGUUUAAAAACACAGUGGAGCACUUCCUGUAUUACCACAUGACAUCACAAGGUGAAACAGAGCGUUUUCAGUUUAAGAGAAGAACUGAAGGAUUUGUGUGUUAAACAUGUGUGAAUGAAACAAAACACAACUCCAGGUCUGUUUGUGAUGAGGAAUCAACAUUAAAACUUAGAUCAGAAAAUAACAUAAUAUUGUCCCUUUGAAAUGUAAAUGACCAUGUUACUAUUUUACUAUUAUGUAGAAACUGUUAUGGGGCCAACAAACCAUUUUCCAGAGGGCAGUGCAUGUUGGACCUG